GCCGAAACUGCCGCAAACCGUAUCUGCAAGGUUCUCAAAGUUAAUCAAGAAAAUGAACGCCUCAUGGAGGAAUACGAACGACUUGCUAGCGAUUUGCUAGAAUGGAUCCGCCGCACCAUGCCCUGGCUGGGUUCCCGACAAACCGACAACUCUUUGGCCGGUGUCCAGAAAAAACUGGAAGAAUACCGAACUUACAGGCGCAAACACAAGCCACCACGUGUUGAACAGAAGGCCAAGCUCGAAACUAACUUUAACACUCUGCAAACUAAAUUGAGGCUGUCCAAUCGCCCUGCCUAUAUGCCCACUGAAGGAAAAAUGGUUUCUGACAUUGCAAACGCAUGGAAAGGUUUGGAAAUCUCAGAAAAAGCCUUCGAAGAGUGGCUACUUAGCGAAAUGAUGCGUCUUGAAAGAUUGGAACAUUUGGCACAGAAAUUCAAGCACAAGGCUGAUACUCACGAAGAAUGGACUCGUGGUAAGGAAGAGAUGUUGCAAUCUCAAGAUUUCCGUCAAUGCAAAUUGAAUGAAAUUAAGGCCCUCAAGAAGAAGCACGAAGCCUUCGAAAGUGACUUGGCUGCCCACCAAGAUCGCGUUGAACAAAUCGCUGCUAUUGCACAGGAACUUAACACCCUCGAAUACCACGAUUCGGUGAGCGUAAACGCCCGCUGCCAACGCAUCUGCGACCAAUGGGACAGAUUGGGCUCCUUGACCGGACGCAGGCGUGCCGCUCUCGAUGAAGCCGAAAAGAUCUUGGAGAAGAUCGAUAUUCUACAUUUGGAAUUCGCCAAGCGCGCUGCUCCAUUCAACAACUGGUUGGAUGGAACCCGCGAAGAUCUGGUCGAUAUGUUCAUUGUUCACACGAUGGAAGAGAUCGCAGGACUCAUGGACGCUCACGCCCACUUCAAGGCAACUUUAGGCGAAGCCGACAAAGAACAUCAGAGCAUUGUCGGGCUGGUGAGAGAAGUAGAAAGCAUUGUCAAACAACAUCAAAUCCCUGGAGGAUUGGAGAAUCCCUACACAGCCUUGACGGCACACGAACUCACUAAGAAAUGGACUGAUGUCAGACAAUUGGUUCCAAGGAGAGACGAGACAUUGGCCGCCGAGUUGCGCAAACAACAAAAUAAUGAAAUGUUGCGAAGGCAGUUUGCUGAAAAAGCCAAUGCUGUUGGACCAUGGAUCGAAAAACAAAUGGAUGCUGUCACUGCCAUUGGAAUGGGUCUUAUGGGAUCUUUGGAAGAACAACUGCACCGCCUGCGCGACUACGAACAAGCCGUGUACGCCUACAAGCCACACAUCGAGGAAUUGGAAAAGAUCCACCAGGCCGUCCAGGAAGCCAUGGUAUUCGAAAAUCGUUACACUCAAUAUACAAUGGACACAUUACGUGUAGGCUGGGAACAACUUCUCACCAGUAUCAAUAGAAACGUUAACGAAGUCGAGAAUCAAAUUUUGACCCGCGAUUCUAAGGGCAUCACGCAAGAACAGCUCACAGAAUUCAGGGCUAGCUUUAACCACUUCGACAAGAACCGCACAGGACGUUUGGCGCCUGAUGAGUUCAAGUCAUGCCUGGUUUCCCUCGGCUACUCGAUAGGAAAGGAUCGUCAAGGCGAUUUGGACUUCCAAAGGAUUUUGGCAGUAGUCGAUCCCAAUGGAACUGGAUACGUCCACUUCGAUGCAUUCUUAGAUUUCAUGACCCGCGAAAGUACAGACACCGACACUGCCGAACAAGUCAUCGACAGCUUCAGAAUCUUGGCCUCCGACAAGCCAUACAUUCUGCCCGAUGAGUUACGCAGAGAAUUGCCACCAGACCAGGCCGAAUACUGCAUUCAACGUAUGCCACCUUACAAGGGACCCAAUGGUGUACCCGGUGCUCUCGAUUACAUGUCCUUCAGCACAGCCUUGUACGGUGAAAGCGAUUUGUAA